CUCCGCAGGAAUUAUACUAAUACUUGGAUGCGUCCAUGCUUUGGCCAGUUAAACUUUCUGGAAUAACGUCUCUGAUAUUACGAGCAUUUCUCCCAGACUCGAUUCCUUUUUCAAUCCUUUCUCCUGUGAUUCUCCAAAUAUAAGUUGAUAUCAAGUCCUCGGCACGUCUCGCCCGAUAUGAAUGACGUGCCAUUUCCCCUGAGUCCCGGGCGACUUGGUUUGUUGGUCCUUGUGUUGUCGUGGUGGGCCUACUUGUUUAUUGAAAAGCGUCGCCAAAAUGAAGCCAACAAGCUCUUCGGUCAAAGGCAUGGCUGCCAGCCCAUCCAGAAAACACUACCGUACAAAUGGCCGUUAGCUAUCGACGUUUUCAAGAACCAAUAUAAAGCCCUGAUGAAUGGGAACCUGCUGGACUACCAAGCGGAGUACUUCCAAAAGCACAAAAUUGGCUCAACUUUUCAAGUCAAAUUGUUAGGUCAGGUCGGCUACUUCACUAUGGACCCUAGGAACCUGGAGGCCAUGCUCCAGACAAACUUUGAUGAAUGGGAACUUGGCAGCAGCCGGAACGCGCUCUCUCCUAUGAUUGGCCAUGGUAUAUUCACCCAGGAUGGCCUAGAGUGGAAGCGUUCACGAGAAACUCUCCGUCGACAGUUCGUACGAAUGCAGUAUCAAGAUACAUCGGUCUUCGAAGGUCCUGUCGACGACUUCUUGAGUAGUCUGCAUUCUUCUACAGGAGUUGUCGAUCUUCAGCCCGCUUUCUUCCGCUUCACACUAGCCACAACUAUCUCCCUCAUUUUUGGAGAGCCUUCUAGCAGCCUCAGUCAAAGUGAUCACGAUACAUUCGCCAGUACGUUUGACUAUACAUCAUUGAUCUCAGCCAUGCGCAUGAGACUGGCCGACUGGUGUUGGAUCUAUACUACCCCUGCAUAUCUUCGAGCCUGUACCUUGGUCAAUAAUUAUGCUAGUCAUUACGUCAAUUAUGCCCUGGCUGACAUGAAGGAAAAUGGAGAAGAGGCUGCUGCCCUGCGCCACCCAUUUAUCCUUGAUCUUUUCAAAGAACUCCAGGACCCCAAACUUGUUCGCGAUCAACUCAUGAACGUAUUGCUAGCGGGCAGAGAUACUACCGCUUGUUUAAUGUCUUGGGCAUGUUAUCAAUUAGUCCGUCACCCAGCCGCACUGGAGCGCCUUCGUGAAGAGGUGAUAUCAUUCACCAAAGAUGAGACCAAAUUGACGAGAUCCCACAUCGCCAAAAUGAGCUACCUUAAAUAUGUCCUCAAUGAGACAAAUCGAUUAUACACCCAAAUUCCGGUAAACGUCCGAAUUGCUCGAAACACCACUUAUUUGCCAAAAGGUGGUGGCGCGGAUGGCGAAUCCCCCGUCCUCAUUCCAAAAGGAACCGGCGUUGGGUUCUCAGCUUAUCACAUGCAUCGGAAUAAGGAAAUAUACGGUGAAGAUGUAAAUGAAUUCCGCCCAGAAAGGUGGGAAGGACCAGAGCUGAAGAACAUUGGGUUUGCUUUCAUGCCUUUCCACGGCGGACCAAGGUUAUGCCUCGGAAAAGACUUUGCACUCACAGAGGCAUCAUAUGGAUUGGUCCGCCUCAUCCAGACGUUCCCGAACCUUCGAAAAGCGCCAGAUGCCCCGACAUUGACACCCGGAAAAGAGAAGCAGAAUCUUACUAUUGUUGUUUCAAGCGCUGAGGGAUGUAAGGUUCUUUUGAAUUGAUCAGAAUUCGAUUAUCAUAUAGCUAUAAAGAAAUGAGGUUUCCUAUGGUAUACUCCAGGAUACUCGGGCGGACGAUAAACCGUCUUUAGUAAU